CACCAAGCUGAAGAGUGUGAAGUGAGGAUGGAAGAAAAGGGAAAAGAGAGUGGAGUGGUGGCCAUGGCCGCCUGUUACCAGGGGUUUGAUCCUGCAGCGUAUCUGCAGUAUAACUACACUCCACCGAGGGCUGAUUUUGAGAGGACGGACAGCAUAGUGCCGUGGAAACUGGCCUGUCUCCACAGAGCUUUCACCGAAGGUGAUGUGAGUGGUGAGCUGCUGGUGGACAUAGGUUCGGGUCCGACUCUCUACCAGGUGCUGAGCGGUUGUGAGGUUUUCAACAAGGUGCUGCUCACAGACUUUCUGGAGGUCAACAGGCAGGAGCUGAGGCGCUGGCUCCAGGGCGAGGGGGGCUGCAACCUGGACUGGACCCCGUACCUCCAGCACGUGUGCAAGCUGGAGGGACGACGGCCCUCAGCAUGGACAGAGAAAGCUGCCAAGCUACGUCAGGUCAUCAUGGACGUCCUCCCAGUUGAUGUGCACCGCCCUCAGCCUAUGGCCCCUGACGCCCUUCCUUCAGCAGGGGCCGACUGUCUCGUCUCCUGCUUCUGCCUGGAGAGCGUCAGCCCUGACCUGGCUGCUUUCACCAAGGCCUUGGGCCACAUCGGGAGGCUCCUGCGGCCCAGUGGCCACCUCCUGCUCAUCGGGGCCCUCGGAGAGAGUUACUACUUUGGGGGCCCUGGGGUAAAGAUCCCGGUGGUCCCACUGAAUGAGGAACAGGUCUGUGCUAGUUUGAAGGAGAGUGGCUUCACCCUUAUCCGGCUGGAGGUUUACACACUGCCUCAGGACAUGAGGGUCGGGGUGGAUGAUGUGACUGGAGUGUUUUUUGUAAAGGCAAGAAAAGACUGAAGGAUGAAGUGGCAGAAGAGGCAGAGGAAAGAGUAUUAAAUAUGGAAGUGAAAAAGUAUCAAUGAUAAAAGAUAUUAAUGAUAAAAUGAAAAAUAGGAAUGGAAUGAGUCUAGUUAUUGUCUUUUCUGAUGGUGCAUUAGUCUGAAACGUUCUCUUAUUCUACCACAGUAGCAGUUACAUGUAGAAACAUAAUCAUAUGUUGCCUCCUGCUGUUAAAACCCAACAACUACAGCAUCAAGAAUGUCAUGCUCCAGUUUUGUUCUCAUUGUUAUAUCAAAGUUUAUCUUCAUCUUAAUGCAGCAGUUCACACACAGUAUAUUUUGACAUGCUCA